AUCGUACAUUUGUUAAAGAUCAAGAAACCCAAGGCUAUCAAGUGAUCGACCAUCAAAAUGACAACCUAUCGACCACCUCAUUAUGGAAAUACUCAAGAACCAUUAGUGGAUCCAGCGGAAUUACCUAAUCAUAUUCCCAAAGUAAAAGAGUUGGGUGUUACAUCUGCUCCACUUAAAAGCGCUUCAUUCUUUAUGGGUUCAUUUUGUAAACCUUUCACUGAGGAUUUUAUGCUUUGUAAAGCUGAAGAUGGGAACCCAGAACAUUGUUUGAAAGAAGGACGUCGAGUGACUAGAUGCGCUCAAGAUGCGAUUGCCAAGAUCAAAUCAAGUUGUUUGGAAGAGUUUAAUUCACAUUGGCAAUGUCUCGAAAUGAACAAUCAAAAAUUCGAAUACUGCCGAAAACCCGAAAAGACUUUCAAUGGAUGUCUAUAUGAUAAACUACAAUGGAAAAAAGAAAUCCCUGGCGCUCCUGUUGAUCAAGAACCUAUUCAUGAAAAAAAGAGUCCAAUCUAUGGUCGAAUUCAGCGGUAAAAAUCUUAUAUUUUAAACAUUUAGGGACUUGAAUUCCUAAGAUGUAGUAUAAGACAUCUCAAAUUUGUCAGUCAUCGAUCACUAAUUGGUGAUAAAUCUCGAGAGUCAUUUAUGUUCUCUUGGAUUUAUCUAGUUUGGGGUUCUAUUUGACUAUCUUGUUAUGUUUGUUUGGUUUCAUGUAACAUUUUC